CCAAAAGGAAAAAAAAAACAGAACAACAAAAUAAAAUGUCGAACAGGGUCCCUGAAAGGAGCAUGGAGAUGGAUGAGGAAGGCUCUACAAAGAUGAAGAUGAAGACGAAGGUUCUAGAACUUCCAAAGAAGAUCAAGAAGAUUCUAAAGAACCUAUGGAAGGUUGGAAAAGAUGAUCCAAGGAGAGUGAAACAUGCUUUGAAAGUAGGAGUUUCAUUGACACUUGUUUCCUUAUUGUAUCUCAUGGAGCCUCUCUUCAAAGGCAUUGGAAACAGUGCUAUUUGGGCAGUCAUGACCGUCGUGGUCGUCCUCGAGUUCUCUGUUGGUGCAACGUUGUGCAAAGGGCUUAAUAGAGGACUAGGGACAUUGAUUGCAGGAUCUUUGGCAUUUUUCAUUGAAUUUGUCGUUGAUGAUUCCGGCAAGGUUUUCCGAGCUAUUUUCAUUGGCGCUUCAGUUUUCAUAGUUGGAGCCUUGAUAACAUAUUUGAGAUUUAUUCCAUACAUAAAAAAGAACUACGACUACGGCAUGCUUAUAUUUCUUUUGACGUUCAAUCUAAUAACAGUGUCGAGUUAUAGAGUUGAUACUGUGAUUAAGAUUGCACAUGAGAGAUUCUAUACUAUAGCCAUGGGUGUUGGUAUUUGCCUUCUCAUGAGCCUUUUGGUUUUUCCUAUAUGGUCUGGUGAGGACCUUCACAAAUCCACCGCCGCUAAGUUGCAAGGCCUCUCUUCUUCCAUCGAAGCAUGUGUGAAUGAGUACUUUGAGGAGGAGGAGAAAGAGAACGAAACAUCAGAUUUGUCAGAAGACACGAUCUAUAACGGAUAUAAGACUGUUUUGGAUUCCAAAUCCACCGAUGAAGCACUCGCAAUGUAUGCAAGUUGGGAACCAAGACACACAAGACAUUGCCAUAGAUAUCCAUGGAAACAUUACGUGAAAGUUGGAUCUGUUCUUCGUCAGUUUGGUUACACUGUUGUUGCUCUUCAUGGUUGCUUAAAAACCGAAAUUCAGACACCGAGGCCUCUUCGUGGACUCUUCAAGGAUCCUUGCGUAAGACUAGCCGGAGAAAUCUGCAAGGUUUUGUCGGAACUCGCUGCAAGCAUUCGAAACCGACGUCACUGUUCACCGGAGAUUCUCUCCGACAGUCUUCAAGUGGCAUUACAAGAUCUCAACAUAGCCAUUAAAUCACAACCUAAACUCUUCCUCGGCUCUGACCAAAAUGGCACUUUUUCUCAAGGCAAUAGCGGUAGACAUACCACAAACGUUUCAAAACACAUCAAUAAAGAUACAAACGACGCCCCUAAUUCGCAUCAAACUGGAACACGUCUUGAUCCAAACACUGGAACGCCACGCGGUGAACGCAUGUCGCGUUUUGGACCAAACGUUUCGUUUUCUAGAUUGAGAGCUGAUACGUUAGAACGGAGAUCUGCGGCAGCGACUAGCGAAAGAAAGAUUCUGAGGCAACAGUUGAGUAUGAUUGUGGUGAUGACGAGUCUUGAAUUCUCUGAGGCGUUACCGUUUGCCGCGUUUGCGUCAAUUCUAGUGGAAAUGGUUGCGAGGCUUGACAAUGUGAUUGAGGAAGUGGAGGAGCUAGGAACGAUUGCCUGCUUUAAGGAGUAUGAUAACAGCGUUGAUAAGAAGGAUGUGGAGGUUCGGGUCGAGAAGCCAUCUGAUCUAGUGGUUGGCAUAGAGUGAAAGUGCGGUUGCGAGCAGUUUUGGUUUGGACCAUGGAUGCAUGUCCAUAAUCUCUUUAGACCGUCGCUAGUAUUAAACCUCCUUAUCUUUAAAGCCCCUUGUUACUUAGGUGGCUAGCUACUACACCAAUUGAGCUACAGUUUCGGAUUAUAUAGUGUAUAAUUAGAUUUAAGAAGUUAAGAUCGAACCAAUCGUCUGAUGAGGUUUGGCUUUUUCUGGUUUUAUUUAUUUUGGUUUAGUCUUGAUGUGGUUGAUUGAUUCUCCUUUUUUGUAAUGAUGAGAAUUGAUAUAUUCGGUAUAUGUAACAUGAGGUGGUGAUUUUCAAGGGUUCGCUAAAAAAAGUUUCUACCUUGUGAAAGUCGUUAUUUUUGGUA